AUGGACUUGGAGUCCGUCGAAAGCGUCGAUUUUACGAAGUUCGGGUCUCCUGAUAUAGUGAACUCUGGCCUCUAUCAGAUCAAGAGACAGCUGCAAAAAAGUCAUUCAGACACGGAGAUACGCGACUUGCUAGAGCGAGUACUUGUCUAUGACAGUUUUGAGACCCUUGGAGACGUGAACAAGUUUCUGAACAACAUUUUGGAGGUGAUACCGACGCAGUUCCAGAAUCGACCUCUCAACUGCAUCCUGGUCUCAAACACGUCGAUUUUCUACUGGGAUCUCCGCGAUAUGGACAAUUUUGACGAGCUUGCCGAGCUCCAUCGCAUCUGCAGGCAAUUGUCCUCGAAGCUCGGGUGCUACGUGCUAUCAAGCCGAAGUCUGUUUGAGUAA